UCAGCUUUUAUUGGCACGGCACAAAGCAAGUGCCAAGGGCUCGGUGGCUCGACUCCCCGCCGCAGACUCGGCCUGUGGAUAAAAGCAAGCAAAAUGCCCCAGUCGAGCUCAGAGACAUAGUCAUGUUGGGCUGGAACGAGGAAGUGCAGUGGAGAGGGGAGGGACUCAGGGCGCAGCUCCAUGGGGCCGCCGCGGCGCUGCGACCUUCUGCACAUGGAGCCGGGGAGAGUUGGAAGAACUUCAUACUGCAAACUCAAGGAAUAGCAGAGUACCUGCACCGCAUGGAGACAGAGGAGGCCCAGGAAAUGGCCCAGAUGCCAGGCAGGGACAGCCCCCCUGCCAAUGAAGCAUCCGAGGAGGCAGAGGAGCCCAUGGCCGUCCCUGAGGACCUGUCAGCCAGCUCCACCCACCAGCAGAACAACAGAGGGGACAAAGCCUGUAACAUUAAAGUUGAGGCUCGCAGUGAUGAGGAGAAUGGGCUGGCCUGUGACAUGAAUGGCGUGGAGGAGGAGGAGUGCGCGGAAGACUUGCGCGUGAUCGAUGCCUCGGGGGCCAAGGUGAACGGCUCACAGCCGAGCCCCGAAGCCAAAGCCUUCUCCUCGGCCGGCGGUAUCCGGCUGCCCAACGGGAAGCUCAAGUGUGAUAUCUGUGGGAUAGUUUGCAUUGGCCCCAAUGUGUUGAUGGUGCACAAGCGAAGCCACACUGGAGAACGUCCUUUCCAGUGCAGCCAGUGCGGUGCCUCUUUCACCCAGAAGGGCAACCUCCUGCGACACAUCAAGCUCCAUUCAGGGGAAAAACCCUUCAAGUGUCACCUGUGCAGCUACGCCUGCCGCAGGAGGGACGCCCUCACCGGCCAUUUACGCACCCAUUCGGUCGGAAAACCCCACAAGUGUGCUUACUGUGGGCGGAGUUACAAACAGCGCAGCUCACUGGAGGAGCACAAGGAGCGAUGUCACAACUACCUCCAGUGCAUGGGCCUGCAGAACAGCAUAUACACAGUAAUAAAGGAAGAAAGCAACCAGAAUGAGCAGAGGGAAGACUUAAGCCAGACGGGAUCUGACAGAGCCUUGGUGCUAGACAGACUAGCUAAUAAUGUAGCUAAGCGUAAGAGCACUAUGCCACAGAAGUUUGUGGGUGACAAACGUCUGUCAGACCUCUCCUACGAUGGAGGAACAGGUGAGCUGAUUCAGCCCCACGUCAUCGACCAGGCCAUCAACAGCGCCAUCAGCUACCUGGGGGCCGAGUCGCUCCGGCCUCUGGUCCAGACCUCCCCGGCCUCCUCUUCUGACGUGGGCCUCAGCUCCAUGUUCCCUCUCCACAAGCAGGCGCCCGAGGGCCACGCGGGGACGGGCUUGUCAGCCAAAGACAGCGCAGCUGAGAACCUGCUGCUGCUGUCUAACUCCAAGUCUGCCUCCAGUGAGAAGGACGGCUCACCCAGCCACAGCGGCCAGGACUCCACAGACACCGAGAGCAACAAUGAGGAUCGCCCAGGCGGGACGGCCACCGGCCUCAUCUACCUGACCAACCACAUCACCUCAGGGGUGAGGAAUGGCGUGCUGGUGAAGGAGGAGCAGCAGAGGCAGUACGAAGCCAUCCGGGCAAGCAUCGAGAUGGCCUCCGAGGGUUUCAAGGUGGUGACGGCAGACGGGGAGCAGGUGAGGGCGUACCGGUGCGAACACUGCCGCGUUCUCUUCCUCGACCACGUCAUGUACACCAUUCACAUGGGCUGCCAUGGCUUCAGAGACCCCUUCGAGUGCAACCUCUGUGGUCACCGGAGUCAAGACCGAUACGAGUUCUCCUCUCACAUAACGCGAGGGGAGCAUCGCUACUGAGCCCCAGAGAACGCACACACUUUCACACAGACAAACAGGUGUACGUAUGAAAAACAUGCCACACUCACUCAUUGACAUCCCCCUGAAAUAAAUGCAUAGAAAGAAAAUGAGACGUAAUGUAUAAUACACUGUUGAUGUCUGAAAGUUGUGUUUUUUUUAUACAAAGUAUGCAUGUUUGUUGGACACAGAUAAAUGUGAACUACUAUUAAAAAAAUGCAUUUACUUUAAUUUCAAAUGAAGACUAGUUCAUCAGAAUAAUGUUCAGUUACUGUUCCACAGCCUACAUAGGAUUUAAAUCAUGUAUUUACAGUUGCCACAUGUAUAAAAUGUAUAAAUGUGUCUUUUCUUUUGGAAAACCAGGCAGCAACUUUUCUUCUAGAUUUAAAAUAGAAAAGAUAUCCACCCUUACAUUUAAAAACCACUGAACUGAAGUGUCUGAAAUGUCAAUAAAAUAUUCUAUUCUGCAGUUUUCAGUGCAGUAAAACCUCCAUUUUAAUAUUGGUAUAAAACAAUCAAUGUAGAUUCCAAAGUUUCAACCUGUUCUUGUAUUUGUAACAACCUACGUAUUAUUUAUAUCACAUUUACACGCCUGUGUGUUUUUGUAUUUAUUACAGUGAUCGAUGUUUGUCUGUAGGGUAGGUAAUAAAAGCUGCAUCUCUCUCUGUCCAAUUGUACUAAAUGUGUUUGAGGUGAAAACAUGACUGCUGCUGGAAGCUUUAGUUUUAUCAAAAGAAAAUGUUAUCAAGGCCUUUUGUUAUAUACCUGAUGGCUAUGGAUUGUUUCACUCACAAAAUGAAAAUUAGCCGUUCGAGGUUUGAAGGAGCUUUAUGCUUGCAAAAUAUCAAUAAAGGAUAUUUUAUAUAUGCACAAA